AUGCGUCAGCAGUUUGGUGAUAACACCCCUCCUAAGUACUGGAUGUCAAUAUGGUGGACUCGCCUCACCAAUAGAAACUAUGGCAUCGAAGAUAUGCCGAGCCAGGCACGGACUCUGAUACGUCUUUUCGAACGCUACCAUUGGAAGGAGGUAGCUGUAGUUUACUAUUCGGCAAGAAGUGAUGUUAUACCUCGUUGCUCUUUAAUUGUGGACGAUCUCGAAGCUCUUAUGAAUGACAACCCAAACAUGACAAUGACAUAUCGACGUCAGAUUUCUAAUUUUACCAACGCUACAUUCAAAAACGUGUUGCAAGCGAUCAGAGAGGUGUCAAGAAUUACCGUGAUCUGUUUGGAGUCCCCAGAAGCUCGUCGAAGUCUGUUGAUCGCUAUAGCUGAAGAAAGCAUGGACACAAAGGAGUACAUGUGGUUGAUGGUAGAGUCGCGCAGACUUGGAUUUGGUGAAGCCUGGAAGGAUACCAAAGCGGUACCAGAUGGGAAAGACAGCUUGGCACUGCGAGCAGCACAGAAAUUUCUCGUGAUCGACAGUGAACCAUUGAAUGCGUCGGCACAGUUCAUUGACGAUAUCAAAGCAAAAAUGAGGCAACCACCAUAUAAUUGCCCUGACUGCGAGAGUAUAGAUCCGGAAAUAGAUCUGAAUGUGUUGAAAACUCAUUUGAAGGAUACCUGUCCUCACGAAAAAAUGUUCAACGAAGUAUAUUACUUUGGUCUUGCACCAUGUAUACUACAGCUUCAUUUGAAGCAAUGCAGUUGA